GGACCAGAUGUCAUUUCUGAUGUGGUCAAAAGCAGGAUCAUUGCUUGCUGUUGGAACAACCAAAGGAAAUCUGCUUGUCUAUAGCUUACAGACCUCUCGCAAAGUUCCAGUCCUCGGGAAACACACAAAACGGAUUACUUGUGGUUGCUGGAGUACCCAGAACCUGCUUGCAUUGGGUAGCGAAGACAAGACGAUCACUGUCAGCAACCAAGAGGGAGAUACCAUCAGACAGACCACAGUGAGAGCAGAACCAAGUGACAUACAGUUCUCAAUGAUGAAGACAGAUGAACGGGCACCAGCUGGAGAAAGCACAGUAAGUGCAAUUGUGGGCAAGAAAACUCUAUUCCUGUUUAAUUUGAGCGAUCCUGAUAAUCCUAUUGAGUUGGCAUUCCAGCAACGCUACGGCAGCAUCAUAUCUUAUAGAUGGUAUGGCGAUGGGUACAUUAUGAUUGGGUUUUCUCAGGGCUACUUCGUAGUAAUUUCUACACAUAUUCGUGAGAUUGGUCAGGAACUGUUCCAAGCUCACAACCAUAAAGACAAUUUGACAAGUAUUGCCAUCUCUCAAUCUCUGAACAAAGCUGCUUCUUGUGGAGACAAUUGCAUUAAGAUCCAUGAUCUGUCAGAACUGAAAGAGAUGUAUGCUAUUAUAAACUUGGAUGAUGAAACUAAAG